AUGAAACGUUUUGGAGGCUAAAUUCCUUUACAGAUCUGGUAUCGAAGGUGAGUGAUGUUAGCGUAAACAAAAAAUCAAAAUUUAAGUAAUUAAACUGGCCUGUUGAAUUUCAAUCAUUGGCUUUCUUCAAGAUAACUUUUCCUUCGAGUACGUUGAUAAAAAACUAGAAAUCGAGCAUUAACCCAGAUACCAUAGACACUGUCUCCCUUAACACGUACGUUGCUUGCUGUGUCCUGUGUGAAGUAUACACUAAUACAGUCUUCAAGAUCUUAAAUUUCCUCUUUGUUUGGAAACCAGGCGCACUGGUUUCUGUUUACUCCGAGUAAUUAUCAAAAUGGUGUAAUUUGAAUUUGGUACCUGUGACAAGACAGGCAGUCUAAACGAUUGUGUAGGCAGUGUUGAUGGACCAAAGUUAAGCUUAUUACAAAAGUUUGCUGACAGUUGUUUGACAUAUGUCAGCCACGGUGAUGUUAUCGAUACUAGGCCAGUUCUCUCUCCUCCGCAGAGUCUCCCACCGGGUAUCCCAAUAAAAGUAAUUAUCUGUAUCAUGCUCUGCAUGCUCUCUUUUUCUUUCUCCCCGGCCUCACUACAGCAUAAAGGGGCCUCUGUGGAGUAGAGACCAGUUACAAACCCACCAAUUGGGAGUUUACACAACGACAACGGUGACGGCGACGGCAAUGAGAACGGCAAAAAAGCAAUAGGUUUAGACAAGCAAAACAACAGCUUUGCACGUGCAUGACGCUUUUUUGUACAUUUCUCUACCACUGUUGGAUGACUGUAAUGUGAAACUGUCUAAUUUGAUGUUGCGUACUUUCCAGUCAGCUCCAAACUUAACUAUCAAUGGGACGCCAAUCAAACAGGUUUCCCAGGCUAAAUCUCUGGGUGUGUAUGUUGAUGAAAACCUUUCAUGGACUACACAUAUAAAUGAAAUCACAAAGAAGAUUGCAUCUGGUAUGUCACCCUGAAACGUGUCUUCUUGCUUGUCCCUGUAAACACCUUUUGACCAUAUUUUUUCAUUAGUUCAGUUCUUUCAACUAUUGCUGUGAAGUUUGGGAUAGCUCCACCCUUUUUUCAGUCAAGCUCAAAAGCUUCAAAACAAAACAACUUUUAACCUUUUCUGGCUAUGGUCUGCCGGUCCCCUUAUUGAAAUUCUUGGCUGGCAAAAACUAGAGUCACAAAGAAGCUUUCAUAAGGCUGUCAUGGUUUAAGUCAAAAUUCUUUAAAUGGACUGGUCCUGAAUAUAUGGUUCCAUGUUUAUAUAAACAUGUGCUUUUACCCCUCAGAAUCAGGGGGCAAACUUUAUUCCAAAGCCCCGCACAAACUAAUUAAAAAUAGCUUUAGCUAUACUGGUGCGGUGCUUUUUUUUUUCUCCCCAGCCUCAAGCAAAAACACUAGAAAGCUUCAAAGCCGGAGGAGUCGGGUCAUUUUACCACCAAUUAGUUAUAGUUUUUAGAUUAGUAAUGCACGGCUCUCGUGGAAAGCAGGGUUUUAUAUUUUAUAUUUGUAAAUAAGUAAAGUAGUAAUAUAUAAAAUUGUUUGUAAUUUUAAAUUUUAAAUUUUAAUUAAUUAUUAUAGAUAUGCCUGAUGAGACAACCGUGGAUAAAUAAAGUAUUCUUCUUCUUCUUCUUCUUCUUUGUCGAGGACGCGAACAAAACACAGCAACUUUCUUUUUCUAUUCCUGAACUUUGAUGCAGUGCUUUAUAUUCCAAAAAAAUUUGCCAACAUUUGACGAAUUAACAAGAUGGAAUAAGCACGAUAAAAUUUGAGUCAGUGCAAGUUCACUUUUUAAGUGACGCUUUCGUAGCUGUCACCAUCGUUGUUGCGUAAACUCCCUAGUACCUAAUGUAGAUCACUCUUCAUUGAUAUGUCCGAUCCAUCAACACUACCUUUGAUGAGUAUAGAACAAGAUCAACAAAAACAAAUUUACAAGUCAAGAAUUUAAGACAGUAUAACUAGUAACCACACCCAUGCAGGUUAUAUUUUCGGCAAAAUAAACUGCAGUACCAUAUUUUAAGAACUUUACCAGCAACCUUGGUGCUCAUUGUGAAACCUUAAAAAAAUUGUAACAAUAAUCUCAUUUACUUUGACCUCAAGUGGUACAUUGUUGGGUGCAAAACCUACUGUACUGUAUGAAUAUAUAAGGAGUUUAGAUUUAUGCAAGAUUGAAAAAGGGCAAAAUGUAUUUGUGCAUGUGUGUUUAUUUUGAUCUCUUUUUUUUAAAAAAAGGAAAUGGUGCUCUGAUUGGGCUAUUCUGACUGUUUAUUUAUGCUGGCUUUUUUCUUGUAUUUUUCUUCAGACAUUAUGGAGCGCCCAAAUCUACAUCACAGGUCUAGAAUUGUCUAAUUGGCUAAGUGAAUUGCAAUGGAGCAAAAUAAAGCUAGUUCUGUUGUAGUUAAACCGAGGAGAAGAAGGCUCAGUACUGCACAUGCACGUCGUCGUGCCAGGGCUUAUACAAACCCAAUCAAACAAGAGAUAUUACAUGAGGAAAGUGCAGAUGAACUGGGUGGCUCACAAGAAUACAGCCUGGAAAAUGGUUCAGCAGCUUUCUUAAAAGGGUUUCUAAGUGAAACUGAAGGUCUUGUUAGAGGCAUAUCUGAUCGAUAUGAAACACUACGAGAAGUGAGAAAGAAACCUGACUUUUGCACGAACUGUAAUAAUUAUAGUAAUUAAUUAAUUAGUGAAUCUUACAGGGUCUGGAAGGGAACAUUCCUUCUCUUCUUUCACAACAAUCCAGUGCCCGAAAACUUCUGUCAUCUCAAUCCAGAACACUCUUUUGUUUCCCAAUACUGCAUCCCUUGGCAAAAUUUAGCAAAUCCUACUUCCUAGGUAGCAGUCAAAUCCUUGAUCUUGUCAAGAAGUUUUGCGUUUUCGCGAACCCUGCACUUUAGUUUGGUCAAAUCACGGAUCCAGAUUAAGAUAAUAUCCUUUCAGACCCUGAUCUUUUAAGCCACAGUCAUUCAUGUUAUUCAAUGUCACUGCAUUUGUCGAGAGAAGGCAGUUUAGACAGACACAACAUAUUCUGAUAAAAAAUAAAUGUGUUGUAAACUGUGUGUUUUUAUCAUUGCAUGGGUUAAUUAGUUACCCAUUGCACUGGCAUGAGUAUAGCUUUUGUUGUGGAACUGAUAAAACAGUUUCAACUUUCCCAGAACAAAAGAAAUGAUGGAGAAAAGUUUAAAUUGAAAUUUUUCACAACAUUUCAUUUAAUUUACAUUGUUGUGAGGGAUCGGUGUUAAACAUGUCACAACAUCAGCUAAAAAAAAUGUUGCAAGAAUGUUGUGACUAGUUUGAAGGUGGCUUUAAGUACAUUAAACUGCCUCUUGUUGUUAACAAGCCAUUGCAUUGCCAGUUUAAUAUUGCACCUCUUUCCUUUAGGUCUUGUUUCACCCUGCUCAAAAUAAGUUAAACUUUCCAAUUUAAAUAAGAUCAUUAUUAUGCCCAAUGCAGGUAAAGGAAAUAUAUGUUGUGGUUCAAUUUUAUCCUUGAUUUUAAUUUUAUUUCCCUUAUUAGUUUUAAACGCAUUGUCGUGCAUUACCAUACCCAAAAACAAAGGGAAAUAUAAUUUAAACCAAUGAUAAAAUUGAACCCCAACAAAUAUAUAUAAUUGAUGUUACCAAGACCAAAGCCAGUCUUUUUCUUAACCUUGCUUGGCCUGUUGGCUCACGUUACAUAUAACUGCCUGUUGACAUAAUCGUGCUUUCUAGCAUACUUGUGAAGCCAUAAUUAUGUUCUAAACUGAAAAAGUGAUGUUUAAAUGUUAUUUCUUCAUAGUUAAAGAUUAUAUUUUUUAAUACAUCCAUUUAACAGAAUACUGACUGGAUAUACAAGACAUUCAAAAGGAAGGAAUGUAUCAGACAUGUUGAUGAUGACCAAGAGACUGGAUUGUGAGUAACAGAUUGACGUUACGGACUUUUUAUGAAGAUGACAUGUUAAAUCAUUUUAUUUAUUACAAAGGUAACAUUGUUUAGAGGUAAAGAGGAGGAGUGGGGACAGGAAGGGCUGAAAGGAGUAAACAUUGUACCUCCCUGCCCUCUGUUGCAUUGUCUCUGGAUAAUGUGUAACAUCAAGAUACAAAAAAAAAAGAGUUUUAAAGCUGCCAUAAAAUAAUGGUAUUACUUUGUGACGCCAUUUGUCUUGUCGAUCAGAGCAAGGUCAACCUGUAUCAUGACAUUGUGGUCAUUAUUUAGGUCCUUUACUGAGCAGUAACUCUAAUUUUUGUUGAUAGACAGUAAAUAUUACUUAAUUUAUAGUCUCAAGUGACUUACAUUGUAUUGCAAAUAACCAAUGUAUCACUACGAGAGAAACAGAGGGCAGGUACUGUUAGAUUCUAGAGAGUGGUUUGGAGAAAGCAAAGCUAGAUAGCAGCACUACAUUUAAGCAUAUUUUCUACAGUCAUGGACAAAAGUCUUGGGACACUUUUGCAUUUCCAGGACAUUUUCCAAUUCACACGUGCCCAACCCGUUCUCUCAUCCCACAAACAAGGUUGGAUGUAUGUAUCCAAAAUUUUUUCCAAGUUUCAACUUUGUAUGGGUUGGAGGAGGGACAAAUGAAGAAAAUUUUGAAAAGGUUGCACUGUUUUAUGAGGGAACCCAGAUAUUGCAGAAAAUUACGAAUACGGCAUUACUGUCCCAAGGACUUUUGUCCAGGAUUGUAGGUACUAUAAAUUAUUUUCUAGAAUAGCGUCUUUCUUAUAUCACUUUAUUUGUUUCUCUUUCUUUGGCAUAACUGUGGUAACUGUAGGUGUUGCUGUGGACGUCAUGAGAAUCAGCAUGGCAAGCUAACGAUUUUUGAAGAAGAAAACGAGGAGGCUGAGGCAGCCAAGGAAGCUGAGGAGGAGGGAACUGAGUCUAGCGAAAAUGAGGAUGAAGUAGUUCAGUCAGAAGAAAGGGUCAAGCUGGGGGGACGAGGUUUGUACUAACAAAGCUCUGUGAGGCCCACGGGUGUUUUUUAUUCAAGGUCUCAAAAGUGGGUGCUAUUUAUAGAAAGGGCCUGACAGAAGAAAAUCUCCUUCUUUGCCACUUGUACAUUUUUAUGCUUGGGCCCCACCCCCAAAAAUGGACCAACUUUUUUCACAGGGCUCCCACGAUUACAAUGUACACACACAGGGAAUCCAAAAUAGGAGACUUUCAAGAUCACUCGUAGCCUUCUUAAACGAUUGAAAACCCGUUUCUUGACAAAUGAGUGUUUCCUGAGUCCGUCUGUUUGAGUCUGUUCUGACGUUGAAGGUGCAUUACAAAGCAUUACACACGGUCUUUGCGUGCAUACAAUACAGAGCAUUAAUCACUGAAUCAAUUCACGUAUAUGAAAGGUUUCAUAAUAUUAAACAUUGCAGGUCUUCCUCCUUUAAAGAAAACGAGAGGAUACACUCCAGGAAAGGUUUAUCGUAGAUCAAAAACUAACGCUCAAGGAUGGUCAGCUAAAAAUGACAUAAAAGAGUUUCCUACAAAUGCGUUUGGUCACAUCAAGUUUGUAAACGCCUACAAUUCAUCACUGAAACCUUCGAAGGUAUAUGUGUUUGUCUAAAUCAUAUGUUAUUGAUCAGUCUGAUGAGUUCCUCCUUCUCGCUGACGAUAUUUCUGAGCGAUGCCUGGCUCAUACAUGUAGCUGUUUUCUAUUUCUUGUUCUUUUUGGCCAAAGCUGGCGCUAAAUCGUACUUUUCAGCUCAGAAAUGGAUUGUCGGGGGGUGGGAGGGGGUACUUCCUUAGAUGAGCUAUAUAGGCAUGUGCCGCCACAAAGAGUAGGGUUUUUGCGCUUUUUUGGUCAGAAAACAGGUGUAGACUUUGCAUAUUUUGGUCUGGAAUUGGGUAUGGUUUUCGAGGGAACUACGGGAGUGUAUGAACGUAUUUAUCCUUUCAAUUCCAAAUGAGUAAGAAAGAAAGAGAAAUGUGCGAAUUAAGAAAUAGUUUUUCUUGGUGUUCUAGUGUAAGUAAUGAUGACAUCAUUUCUUAGAGGCCAGGUCUAAUGACGGGUAUGGAUUUUGGAGGCCAGGUCUGAAAAUGGGUGUGAAAAAUGACAUUUUUUGGUCUGAUAUAUGGUCAGGAUUUGGAGAACCGGGCGGCACACCUCCUCCAAGAAUUCCCAUAUCCAUACCCGUUUUCAGACCAGGUCUCUUAAAAAUUAUGUCAUCAUUACAGUACAGCCCGAAAAUAAUGUACUUAGAUUAGAACGCCAACAAAAAAGAUUUCUUAAAACCCAAUUCGAAUUCGCAUAUUUCUACUUUUCAGUACAUUUUUUCUCAUUUAUUUGGAAUUGAAACGAUAAAUCGGGGUUGUCACUAAGAUUUCAAGUAGGCGGGGAAUCAAACAGCUACGGAUUUCUUUCAUUCCGCUAUCUUUUCUUCUAUUUUCCUAUGAAAGUAGCCGGGGGAAAUCCCCGGCCCCCACUUCUUAAUGACUGCCCUGGAUAAAUACGUUCGUUUUUCUCCCUUACAUGUAGUUCCCUGGAAAACCAUACCAAAUUCCAGACCAAAAUGUGCAAAUUUUAUACCAGUUUUCAGACCAAAACAGCGCUAAAACCAUACCCUUUGGGUGGCACCUACUUAUGUGGCUUAUAUAAGGAGUACCCCCCGGGUCUUGCUAGAACCAACAAUGUUCUUCAGGAGUUAAUUGCGUGCAUUUACACUCCUGAUCAGGCUGUCAUCAAAAGUAAGAUCUUUUAUUUUUUGCCGUUGCAGUAUAUUCGCCUUGCAGACAGCACUAGACCAGAGUUAACUUUAGAACUGAUGGUAAGGCAGUGGAAGUUAAAGAAGCCAGAUAUUGUGAUAUCCAUCCAAGGAGGGCUGAAGAACUUCCAUCUUGAUCCGCAUCACAAAGAAAUCUUCAAUAGAGGCCUUAUUAAAGCUGCCAAAACAACCAAUUGCGGAGCUUGGAUAAUAACUGGUAAAACACACUUUAACGCGGUUGUAGCGUGCGGGCAAAAAACAUACUGAAAUUAUGUUUACGUUUGUCCGGAUUGUUGAUGAGAUGAAAUUAAGCGGUAUUUGAAUCGCUUUACUCUGGCGAUCGUUGUUUGAAAUCGAGUUUGUGUAUGGUCACCAAAAUAACGGUAUAGCAACGUAACAAGCGAUCUACCACCUCACCGCAGAAUUACUAUUUCCUUUACGGUUUAAAUCUAAAGGGGGCGCAAAUAUGUGUAUAGUGCGAAGCGAGAGAAGGGUAAAUGGUAAGCGACAUUCCGUUCGGUUAAGGAUACCAACCGGAAUGAAGGGAUUACCUCAAAACAGAGUCCUCAACUUUUUCCGAAAUUUUCCGAAUUUUUUGGCUUAAUUAAUGGUAAACACCCUAGAUUUACACUUCUCACAAAGCUUCUGUAAAUAAGGGAGUCAUAUUUUUUACGCUAAUUGAUGGGUAACUAAAAGUUAAUAAAGUAUAUUUUUAUCAGGUGGCGUAAAUCUUGGUGUUAUGAAGGCAGUCGGUCAUGCGGUCCAGGAGGGUCAGUCCAUGCGGUGGGGAGGACUAACCAGUCAUCGCCGUAUAAGGUGUAUUGGAAUUGCCACCUGGGGUUACGUGGAAAGAAACGAACUCUUGAUCAAUCCACUGGAAGGCAAGGUCAGACACAAUAAAAAAGAUUGCACAUAAGAGCUGCAAAUAACAGUCGGUUAUCCGACAAUGACCGACUAUAAUUUGCGCAUGUCCGAAGAAAUCCUACUUGCGCGGUCGCUUGACCGGACAAAUCAUCGACCACGACUACCAUUUUGCAGCUGAAGAUUUGGAUAGAAAAAAGGAAAUAAAAAGUCAACAUAAUGUAUACCCGACAACUUUUCUGGUUUGUCCCACUAAAAUAGUGACCACGUCGGACAUAUGUCAUUUCUAAAAAGAAGAAUUAUUUGCAUGUGUGAAAUGUAAUAAAUAGAAAGUAGUCUUCGAACGUCAGUUUCCGGGCUCGGUGCGCUUAAUUUCCGGGCUCGGGCUUAAGCGCACUAGUCUCCUUCGCAGCCGUUAUUAGGGUCGUCACUCGUCACACAACGCUCCUGGGGAGGAGCGUUGCGUGACGAGUGACGACCCUAAUAACGGCUGCAAAGGAGACUAAAGCGCACAUUCACUUUGGCCCUUUUUUCUAAUCUUGCCCGGCUAUAUUUUACUAAAUUAUUGCGUUCUCGGUAUAUUUAAAAGAGCCUUUAGUUUAUUUUAAUUCGUGGCCCUUUUGUAUUUGCUUGGUUAUAACGUGUAGCAACAGCAAUCUAGGAGUAUUUAAUAUAAUUUUGGUCGUAUUCACAACACCCAGUCAUAUUUUCUGCUUCUCACUUUUGACUUGUUAUUAACACCCUCCCCCUAUGGGUGCUUUCAAAGACUGCAGUUAGUUAGGCGUUGUUUGUGUUACUAAAGGCUAGCGCAUCUCUUUUCAUUGUUUAUCAUGCGCCAGGGCCGAGUUGUUCAAAGCUGGGUUAAGAUAACCCGGGGUUGGUGCGAGAUUUGAAUUCAGAUUUGAAAGCUUAAAAAGCAUUUCAGUUUUAAUUCUUUUUGUCUACUAGUUGAUGAUUGGAAGCUCUAAAAAUAACAGAGAAAAUUACCCGACAAAACGCUUUUGAACGACAGAAAAAGAAACCCGGGUUAAAUUUAACUCCGGGUUAAGCGCUAAUCGGCUUUCGAACAACUGGGCCCAGAAUAUAAUAGACGAAAAUCAUGCCUUCGAAAUUCUCGUCUAAGUAAUCAGAAACAUGUUGUUUAUCAUAUGAUGGUUUUUGGUAGAUCUCAAGUCGUUUGUAUAUUUCUCGGUGUUUGGUUCGUCAACAAAAGUUACAUCUCGUAUUCCACAGGUGUAGAAAGGGGUUGUCAUCCUGUUCUGUGUUUUCACUCACGUGGCCAGCAUCUAUGCAAAUUUAUUGGAACAAAAGAACGCGUUUACAUAAGAAAAGAGUUCAACUGCCACAGGACUGGUUUGGGACACAAACAUGGCCGCCAUUUCAUUGUUUUUGGACACAAAUAUGGCCGCCAUGACGUCAUGUGAAAACACACAAUUCUGAUUCACAGCCAAACUCUUUGUUGAAGAAACUCUGCUCAAAUAUUGCGUAGUUUAACAAAGUUGUAGGACUAAGAACCAUAUUUUUAAUGUUUAUUCCAUUCAGGGUUGUUACCCAGCUACAUACAAGGUGGAACACUCAUUUCAAAGAGGGAAGCCUGUCUCUCUUAACCCCGACCACACCCAUUUCCUCCUGGUAGAUGAUGGGACACAGGGACAGUGUGGAGCCAAGGAAGUCCUUUUCCGCGCGCGAUUGGAGAGAGUCAUAGCCGACAAACCCAACAUUCAGAAACAAAGUACGUAGAUUCUUACCUUAGCUGCACAUUCUAGACCAGUACCACCUAAAAAGGUUCAAAGAGGUUUUUCAGUGCUUAAGAUAUUGCGGUAUGCUGUGGGUGAGUGAAAUGCAAAAGGUUUAGUUUGAUAAACCUGGUAAUAUAUAAUUAGCCAUCAAUGUGAAUUGACAAGUCAAUUAAUUUGUCUGUCUGUGAUGACAUUGACUGUGAGCAGUCUUUAAUACGGAGAUAGCGGGUUAUCACUCGUAUCACGCGAGUGGCGAGCGGCAAAGCCCUAGAGACACGAAAAACCAGGCUGCGAGCCUUUUACGCGGUGCCAACACGUCAACAUUGAAGAAUAAGAGACUUUUUUUCUAUUUUAGAAAAGCUCAGGGCUUAUUCGAGAGAUUGGCCAAUGAGGGUCAAAUAGGCCCCCUUCUGUAAUUUUAGGGGGCCCUUUUACGAGAAAGGGGAUCCAAGAAAGGGGGUACCCAAAAGGUAUUUGAAUUGGAACAUUCUGGGCAACUGAAAAAGCCUGAGCACGAAUUACUGCAGAGUACCGGAUGUUUUGCUGGUGAAAUAGUCAGGCAGACGAAGAAGAGAAAGGCAAUUGAGACAGUAGGAGGCUAUAAAAGUUCAAUGUAAGUAUAAAGAGCGGCAGUCAAAUCAGUGUUGUUGUCAGUGAUGUUUUCGAAUACUUUAUUUGAAGCAAAUGGUACUUAUCCCUGGGUCUAUUUUUUGCGCGCCAUUUGACGCGGCAACGUAAAUGUUAUGUGGAAUUUUUUCGAAAUUGCGGAAAUCCCGCAAGGCCGCGCUCUAGAAUAAACCCUGAAAGCUGACAGUCUUCAAGGAUAAUUUACUCAGCUGUGAGCCAGCGGGUGAAUAAGCUCGAUUUCCUUUUUCUCUCGGUCCUUCCCAAACAGCGGCUGGUAAUCGAGCCUAGCGAGUGAGGCACUGUAACAUCUGUCAGGAGUUAUGGUUAUACGCCACUUGCACAUCUCCCAUAAUGCACCUUAUUUGCCCACCAAAAUUCUGCAUAAGCAUUAUUUUUAAUUUCUCUUAGGACGGCUGUAAUCCGAGGAGCGAUGAAAAACAAAGGUUAUGCAAAAUUUGGGGGGGGGGGGCAAGAAGGUGUAUUAUGGGAGAUCUGCAAGUGCCGUAUGGGCUAUGGGCUCCUGCAGAGGCGUAAAACAAAGAAAGGGAAUGAUGGAGGGUUGCACAAGCUUUCACAAGGAAAGGAGAAGAUUGAGUAACUGGACCAUUGGGAUCCUUCGUCGGAGAAUAAGAUAACCUUUCCAGUACAAAUCUUAAACCAUUUUAAGGUAUGUCCCCUUCUUUUUUUAGAAUUUGGUUUCGGUGUUCCUGUUGUGACAGUUGUUGUUGAAGGAGGCCUGGAUGCACUGAAGGCCGUGAAAGAGUCUGUGAAGUAUGGUAUACCUUCAGUUGUAGUGGAUGGAACUCGCAGAGCGGCUGAUAUCCUUGCGUUUGCUCACAACAACUGCGAAUGCGAGAGGCAAGUCAAAAUCCGUGUAGUUCAGAGUCAAAUGCGUUCAGUUUACUGCUUUUAAAUUCUAGUCCAGGAAUUAAGCGCAUAACCGUUAAUUGGUCUGUUUUGCUUCUUUUUUGGUCUUGUUCUUCCCAACCUUAUGCCCUUGGGUUUAUCUCCUGUUAUCUGUAUUUAGGAGAUGUCUUAGGUGAACGAGUCAGAGGGUGCUUUCCAUUAUACCGGACCAAUCGGUCAGAGACCACUCGGACUAAUUAAGGGGACUGGAACCAAAACUCCGACCGAAUUGAUUGUUGGGUAUUGUCGUAAGGGCUAGGGUCACAUACUACCAAGAGAAAAACGCGGGAAAACAUCGUCAAAAUACAGAGAAGCCAGUAAUAUACUUGUCUUUAAAAACUGAUGAAAACCAGAAGAAAAACAAAUUAAGAUGCACUGCUGUACCUGAGCCUUGUGUGCAACUGUGCAUAAGGAGAAAGUUUAGGUCUUGCGUCUGAAGCUUGCACACACUGCACUGUGGGGUAAACAGCUACAUCUGAACCAUCCGCCAUUUUGACUACUGUGUGUAGUGACGAGCUGGAGCGGGACUGGAAACGAAAAUUUCUGAAAAUGGAACGGCAAUUUUCGGUCGGACCGGAAAAUUUCCAUCUGGGCCGAACCGUUCCAUUUACGUUUGGACCUAAAUUUCCGGAAAUUUUGGCAUAAUGGAAAGUACCCAGCGAGUUAAGUGGUCCUUGUUCUUCUAGACAUAAACAUUUGCUGUGGUAACCUUUAAUGAGUAACAGUGGCCAAGCCGCUGAAACCAUGGCUGUCCUGUAGUAGUUGUAGACAAAUUAGGUCAUGAAGACGUCAUGUUAGUCGUUAUCGUUUAGUUUUCUUUCGAAACAACUGCGUUGUUUCUCUAAACAGUGUUGUCUGUUUUCAGAGGUUUCCGACGACUUCAAGAAGGCCAGUUGCCCCGACUGAUUGCUAAAAUUAAAGAAUUUUUUCCUAAGCAUGCCGACGAUGAAAACUACAUUCAGAAAAUCGUGGAAAUUGUGAACAGUUGUAUUUAUGAUGAAAGACUGGUGAGUCGUUACUAGAGCUUGGUCAUCUUAUAAUAGCUUAUAAUUACGGUACACUGAUCUACCGUUGUGACAUGAAUUAUAGUCUACGACAAUUUUUGCAACUGACAGGAGCUGAAGCCACGGUAAAAUUGUACAAUAAAUCAGGAAAAAAUAGAACUUUUUUUCAAAGAAGAAGAAACAACUGUCAUUAUCUCAAGUUUAGCGACAGAUUAUUGUACAAGGCGCAACGAAGCACCAGCAUAAUCACCUCAGCGUUGUAGGAGUGACAACGUUAUUUGCAUGUUUCAUCUAACAAGCGGUAAAUAACGAACAAGCGUUAAAGCGUUGGUGCGUGGAGAAGGAGAAGGCAAAUCAAAUUUGCAGAAAAAGCACCGGGUGCCAACGUUUUUUCCGACAAUGUUAUGUUUCUGCGCUGCUAAAGCGACUGUAAGCCAGGAAUAACAAACAAACAAACAAAAAAGAAACGCGUGCACACAGACAAAAUGACACAUAACCCAAAACGUCGUCAGCGACUAUAUGUGUAAAGGGGAAUUCAGCUUACCCUGUGAAAAUAUUUUUAUCUCCAACCAAGCAGUUGUUUGGAAAUUAGCCAUUCAUUUGCUGUACGCAAAUUUGGGAAGAAACAAACGUAAACUUUGUUGCUUAGGCCAUCCAGCUCUAAAAUAGAGCAGUGUGAAAACCUUCCUGCUUACGGAGGAUGAGAAAAUUUCGAAAAAAUCACUGACAAGACGUGGAGCACGUGUAGAGAGUGAUAGUUGUGAAACUGAAUAAAUAAUUUUUUAAUUCUGGGUCGAGCUGUACAUGUUUGAAUGGCGAAUAGCCCAAAUCUAGUGUUAGUUACCUUGACAACUGAUACGCGCUGCUUGUAGUCAACCCAGCUUUAGAGUCAAUCUGGAAUUGCCUUAUGAAAGGCCGAUUAACGCUAAUCCAGGAUUACAAUUUUCAUCUGCGAUUGUAUUUACCAUCUUUAGAGUUAAGAGUAUUACUAUUAUUUUUAUUAAAGUAUUAGACAAGAAAUGGUGAAGUCAACAAUCACAUUGCUGAAAAUCAUUUUACAGACUAAACAUCAAGUCGACUGGGACUCUGCAACAUGUAUUACGUAUUCUACAGAAUACUUUCAACGACUCACAUUAGGAAGUUGGUUUACUAACUUAGAACAAACACCACUGAAUCGUAAUCAACAGUUAGCGGCACCGUACAAACGACUUAUUGCUGGUUUGCACGUGACGUCACGGCGGUCAUGUUGGUGGUCAAGAACAAAAGCAUUUCUCUCCUCUGGGAACUAAACUCGAUUUUCAUGCAAAUUAUUCGAGAAAAAAUCCUAUUGUUUUGACCCCUAACAUGGCCGCCUUGUCACGUGCUGGCAAACCAAGGAAUUGACGGACUCAAAAAAAAUAACUACGAGAGAAUGACUGGAUAACCGACAACUUGACUAACAUUAAACGACUGUUUAACUUUGACAACAGACGGAUCUAAACGCACCAAUGACAUCACGGCUUAACCGACAGACGACCGAAAAAAUGGCGACUUAAUUGACCAAUCAGAUCAAUAACCAGAGUUUAAUACCAUCAAGCGACGUAAUACAACUCACUUUAACUCUGAAGAUGACUACCGCACAGGUUUUCGAAACGUCAGUCACUGUCAGCAACAGUCCUAUUCAGGACUAUGUUCACCUAGACAAUCGUACUCAACCUACUUAUGAAAUGAGUCCUGGGGCCUGUUUCUCGAAAGUCCCGAUUAUUAACGGGCCCAGUAAGCUGUCCCCGUUUACAUGUAAGAUCGAGGUUUUAAUAGUUUUGCAUCUAACAUGAUAAAACUAUCAGUUAGUGAAACAAAAUGGAGUAGUUUACUAGCCAGGACCUGCGCUCAUAUUUUUUAUAUUUCGAUUUGAAUAUUUGAUUUUGGGCCCGAAAAGUUACCGGGACUUUCGAGAAACGGGCCCCUGGAUUCAAACCUUUGCAGUAUUAUUUUGGGUCACAAAAAGUAAAUAUUGGGAUAAAGGUUCAACGAUUUGUUUUAAGAUCCAGUUGCAUAUUCCUAUACUAGAAAGUGUUUUUGGAAAUUUGGCGUAAUCUUGUGUUAAACACAUCCAUCUUUCAAGGAACAGGGCGCUGGCUUCGAACAACGCGGCCCUGGUAAUUCGUUUGGAGCCUAUCGGGGCCGCUUAAAUUCUGUUAAACAUUUUUCCAGGCUGUUCCGAUUAAAGCUGUUUUAAACCUAUUCUUUUUCUUCGUUCGUACUACUGUUCGGAGCAAACCAGGUGAAAUUUCAUUUAUUUCGAAAACGGAAAAAUCGUUGAAGAGCGCAACCACUCACUUAUCUAAGUUCUCUUCCAAAAUACUCCGCCCAAGGUUGCGUUGCCAAAUGUAUCCCCUUCUGCAUGCUAUUUUAUAUUUUUUUACCUGUUGAUAUAAUGCCUGUCUUUCCAGAUAACUGUGUAUAACAUCAACGAAAAGAAUAACUUGGAUCUCGACUUGGCCAUUCUGAGUGCAUUGCUAAAAGGUGAGAUGCUAUUUAAUACUGUCAUUCAAAAGAGGCAACGCACAAAGAUCGAAUAAGACAGUGACCGAUCCAGACCUUGUGGAGUGGGGGAAGGGACUCUCAUCCAGACCUUGUGAGAAGGGGGCUCGUUUUGAGGUGGGCGUGGUCCUCUGGAUUCGUGACCUUCCUUUAGGACCACCAAUGGUUGAUGCUACAUUUCCAUCUGACCACGGAGAAAACAGUUCUUGCCUUGUUAAAAGUAUAGAAGGCGCAAUUGUGACAGCAUCCAGCACAACAGGCGUUAUUGGGGGCGGAGGGAAGGGGAAGCGCUCAGCAGGGUUGUGGGGCGCGAGCUCGCGCUUUUGGCUUGGGAGCUCCGAUACCUCCUCUCCGAAGCUAAAACGUUGUGAUUAUCCAGGUAUUUAGUCUUGUAUACCCUGAAGAAGGCAGCAUUGCCGAAACGUCGGUCAAGAUUCUUAUCAUAACAGCGUCAGUUUUACAAUUUUUAAAUUAACAUUAAGUACUACGCUGGGCAGGUUUUUCAAUCUUGAUUAUCCAGGGAUGGAACUUAACUUUAUGUAAAUGAUUCAUAUGCCCUGGUUGUAUCAGGAAAGGGUGCCCACCUCUAAUAAAGAAAAAAAGAAAGACAAGAACAAAUGAAAGGAAAAGGACCGAAAAACAAAUUAACCAAAUGUUACCUACUAUACUACUUUGUUAUUGCUCCGCUUAGGGGAAAAGUGUUCCAGCCAAAUUUAGCAUCAAAUCGACAAAAUGUCUUUGACAUGUUUAAUUAGCACACCUCGGUAGCAUACUUUAUUGCAUGGUGAAAAUCUGCCCAACUUAAUCGAUUGCGAUUUGCAUUUGUAUAGCUCAAGGAGCUUGUAAUGUGGAUUCAACGAGCAGUGAUUGUGGCUGCAGAACAGAUUUUCUGGGAGGAGGAGUAAGUAAGAUGGAUCAGCUUAAAUUGGCUUUAACUUGGAACAGAGUAGACGUAGCUGAAGAGAAAAUAUUUACUCCCGACACGGACUGGCCGGUAAGUGAAACCCUAUUUUAAGCUUUGCAAGUGAUAUACAACCAAUUGAAAAAGAUUUCAUAUAUCAUGGGUACCUUUUCUCCUUAUAUUUGUUUCAUAAUUGAGUGUCGCCAAACAAUGAGCAAUGGAAGAAUUCUAAUAUAUUAACCAAUCUGAUCAGAAGCAAAUACAAAUAGCCGUUUCCAAACACGUGUAUAAACUUGAUGUAUCUUGAUUAGCUGAGAUCCUAACUCCCCCCCUUUUUUUAUUCAUCUAUCAUCCAUUAAUUUGCCUCCAUCAAGUUGAAGAUUCUUGCAAAUAGGCCAGCGGUCAAAAGAUACAUAAAAAAUAAAUGAAAGCAGUCAAUUAAUAUCAUAAAUUAAAGGCAGCUUGUAAAUGCCAUCAAAGAAGAGGCAUUAACUGUCUCAUUUGGCAGAAUGUUCCACUCUCUCGUUUUUCUUGGAAAACAGGAGUAUUUGUAAUAAUCAGUGAGAGCAACGGUUAUUAACAUAACGGCUAACUCGACCCAACUGCUUCAGAUAUUUGCCAGUGUAUAUCCCAGUUUGGUCAUUGUGAAUUUUAUAGAACAUGGCUAGUCUAUUCUUUCUUCUUCUUUCUUCAUGGGUGUUCCAUUGCAAUUCACGAAGCUUUCAUUAACACUUGAUAAGUUAUUGUAUUGGUUUCUAGUUUCUUCAAAGUGCAGAAUCAGUUGAAAGUAGCAGCUAGAUCACUUUGUCACUCAAUUCGCCACUGAAGAAACGAGAAGGAAACUAACCUGAGUUAGCAAGGAAUUCUGGGGCUGUUUCUAAUUGGCCAAUAGCUGACAGGCACGUCUCCCAGAAACAAUCCAAGAAACAAUUGCGGGACGCAUUUCGGCUCCAGUUCCCUUCUGGUUUCUAAAGUGGCGAAUACAGGAGCCGGUGUCACAGUGAUAUGGGCAUCCCCGCGUUUUGGACAUCCCCAUUCCCAAAACCCUAGUGAUAUGGGCAUGCCCUGUAACCCUAACCCUAAGCCUAACCCAAAUCGCCAGGGUAAUAUGAGAAGGGGAUACCCAUAUCAGUAGGGAUUUAAGAAUGGGGACGCCUAAAACGCGGGGAUGCCCAUAUCAUUGCAACACCGCUUUAUCAUUAGCGCCUAGAUAUACUGAUUUGUAAUUUUUAUGUACUUUUUUAAGUCUGGAAGCCUGGAUGAUAUGAUGCUUGACGCUCUGCAGUUAGGACGAGUUGAUUUUGUGAGGUUAUUUCUCGCCAAUGGAGUCAGCAUGAGAGAUUUCCUGACUGUGCCACGAUUAAGAAAACUUUACAAUUCGGUGAGUCAAUAGCACUGUCCUUGUGCGUGAAUGUUAAAUGUAGACAGACGUCACCUUUAAAAGAAAAAUCUAAAACUAAAAAAGCAGGCUUCCCACACGAGACAAUCAACUUUUGAAUAUUAUCUUUGUUUAGGUGGAUCCUGGAAGUCAUCUGUACUCUCUUCUUACGAAUGUCGGGGGAGUCUCGGUAAGUGCGACGCGACUUUUUCAUAAGAUGUCCCUCAGAUCCUGAUCAUAUUUUUAGCUACAUCUUCUUGUUCAGUGUGAUACUUUAUCUCAGUUUACCGUCUUAUAACACAAAUGCGAUAAUUCCACUAUCUAGAAUCCCCCGUAUUCCCUCAAAGACAUCGGCGUUCUCAUAGAGGAACUAAUGGGCGCUUAUUACGAACCGCUCUACCUGGUCGACACCCCUCAUACCAAUACUCUGGCGGCUGGCACGGCAGCGCUCUUCGGAGCAGCACCGAGUACAGAAGAAAAUGUCCAUAAGGAGGACCUGCUGGCAGUAAAGUUCAAACCGAACAAGAGAAUGAAAGUGGCACAUUCCGCGACAAGAUUUGAGAAGCCUUUCAGAGAACUGUUUUUAUGGGCGGUGUUGCUAAACCGUUUUGAAAUGGCGCGAUUUAUGUGGGAGAAGGGUGAAGAGGCUGUAUCUGAUGCGUUAGCGGCCUGUCGACUGUUCCAAGUUAUGCACGAUGAGAUUGAAGACGAUUACUAUGAAAUGAGGACAGCUCUGAAAGAACAUGCCGUGUAAGUAUUAGUCUGCUUUGGUUGUGGUUUUUGUUGGAUUGCGAUGAAGAAAUGAUGAUAAAACAAAAACAUGGCGAUGAAACUUCGAGGUUAACUUGUAAACGAUGCAAACUUUGGAAUAAGCAUGCCACGUCUAAGUCUUUGGCUUCCCCUUUACUACCCCGAAUUUUCCCUCAACACGCUUCCACCAAACCGCUAGCUAUAUGGUCCAUGUAGCGCAGUACUGAACUGUACUGUUAGAUAAGUACGUAGAAGCCCGGAAGCGUCAACAUGUCUUUGUCAGCUGAGCAGAAUAGUAGUCAUGUGACCGAAAUAGAAUCAAAGAUAGCUUAUCCCGCUGUCUGGUGAGCUUCGUCCUGUCAAUUCUCACAAGAAUUAUGGAAACUCACAGGCUGUCAUACCUUGUUGAUAUACUCAUAUUGUUUUUCGUUGCCAGUGAGUUUGAAAACUUAGCCAUUGGUGUUCUCGAUGAGUGUUACAAUGAAGAUGAGGUUUUAGCAGAGAUGUUAGUUGAGCGUGAGAUUCCCAAGUGGGGAGGCAUGUGUGCGUUGAACUUGGCCGCUGCAGGGAAGGCGGAAAAAUUUCUAGCGCAUCCCUGCUGUCAAUCAAGCUUAAACAGCAUUUGGAAGUCACGUGGCAUGCCUGGAGUUGAAUACUGGAAGGUAUGAUGUAUAGUCAGACUUGUGAACUGUUUACUUGAUGUUUUUGCCUUUGAAAUUCCCGAGUCCGUAAGACAAACGUCUUAAUGAGAGGACGAAUUCCAAGAUUGGGUAGUUGUUGAAAUUAUGACUGUUAAAUCGUUCUCCAUAAGCAAGGUAACUGCUCUAUCCACCAACAUUUAUUAGAUCAUUUCACUGCAAAAAAGUCGUGAUUAGUUUACAUCUAUGUUGUAGUCGAGUGUGACGCCACAAAAAUCGCCAUUUCCUUCCGACACUAAACUAACAAUAUUCAAUGUUGCAUAUGUAUCUUUUUCAGGUAAUUCUUGCUCUUCUCUGCCCCUUGCUCAUUCUAAAAAUUGUAUUCUACGACGAAGAAAACCACAGAUGGUCCGUACCAUUUUGGAAGAAGCUUGCCAUCUUCUACAAUGCGCCUAUCUCAAAAUUCUGGGCCCAUCUGGUAAGAACGCCUUGCUUGGUACGUUUAAUGAAAAUCUUGAGGAUUUGUAAGUCGAAUGAAAACACUUUUCUCCUUUGGACAUGCCGUAGCAAGCGAAUGAUCUGCCACUGAAUAACGUAGGACUUCCUUUGUCAUGGUUUUUGAAUGAUUUCUGGUUUGUCACAGAUAAUUUGGGCAAAAUAUUUCGUCAACAAUCGCAAUUUACAGAAAAACUUUGUCAAACUUGUAAAUUUUAUCAAAGGAAGUAUAGGUUUUUGUGCGUGGGGUUUUAGCAACUUAUUUUGCACUCCAACGAAAUGUUUCCGCCGUAGAAUUAAGUGGGGCUGCUUGUACCUUCAAUGAAAUUGUGAUUCUAACUACAAGAGGCUCGGACAGAAUUGAGCUCUAUCUUCGUGACUAUGGAACGAGGCAGCCCUGACAUCAAUGAUGUUUCAAAAGUAUUUUAUUUGAUAAUCGCCUUUGUCUUUCUAUUUUUAGGGAAUGCACCUCGUCUUUUUAGGUCUCUAUGCUUUCGUAGUUUUAUUUUCGUUUCACAAGACUUGGCCUUCUAACUACGAAGUGGUAUUAUUGUGCUGGAUUGGAGUUAUAAUCAUGGAUGAAAUCAGACAAGUAAGUAUACAACUGGCUCGAUUAUGUUUCCUGUGUUAUCUCUACAGCAAAAUUUGGAAAAAAAGGUGUUUGAAUUUAUGUCAAUCCUGAGAAGUAUGCAUCAUUACUAAGCCUGAAUUUCGGAAAAAAUAUCCGUAACUACUGAGUGAGACGAAUGUAUAGCUCUAAGCUCUAAGCUAAAAUUACAAACUAUCCAUCAAUGCAGCAACUAUACCGUCCCGGACGACAAUGAAUAAAUCGCAGGUUUUGUUUUGUUAAAAAUCAGAACUUAGACAGUAGUUUUGAAUCAGCUUUGGGUGCCACACACUUCUCGAUGGUUCUACUUGUUAUGUAUGUGGUAAGCAAAAGAGUGAAAACAAAUAUCCAUCGUGACUUUGUAGCAUCGUAACAGUUAUGUGCAAGGAAAACUGAUCAAUUUGAAAUCUUCCACACGAAUCAAGUCAUUCGAUAUUUUUUGUUGGGGAGCAAUGGUAACGCAGUGGUGAGAGCACUCUUCCCUUAAUGAUGGGGCUUGGGUUGAUUCCCCAAGGCGACAUCGGAUUUUUCUUCUCAAGAACUAGCAUUUUUUCAAAUUCCAAUUCUAUUAGGGAUAUGCUAUCACUAACCAGCUGUUUUAUAACUUUGGGCGCUUUCCAUUUGUUAGAACUGACCGGCCAGACCAAUCCCGUCGCAAUGAUAAUUUCCUUUUUAUUCAAAGCUCUCCAGCCAGAUCAGUCAAAUCCUAAAGAGUAUGCACGAGGAAAAUGUUUUUUUUUUUCAGCAAAAACUCUUGGAAAAAGCCUACUUCAUUUUAAAACUGACUGGCCGGGCCAUGGUCCGGCCGGCCAGUUCUGACUUUUGGAAAGCGCCCUUAGUCUUAGGCCAUCAUAGGUUAUAGCCCACUAGUAGCGAAAAGCGCCUGCUUUUUGGCGGCACAAAAGGAUUAAAGUCUAGCUUUAACUAGCUAAAAUUGUUUUGUCUCGAUAUUUUUGACCAACUAGUUGGAUUUUACUAAAACAAUUAUUCCUCUCGCUCUCAUGGCUUCUGAGUCAAUAGCCCUUUCAGCCUUCGGCCUCAUGGGCUAUUGACUCAGAGCCCAUUCGGGCGAGAGGAAUAAUUGUUAAAUAACGCUUGGUUUUUAUUUUGUCAGGUCAUACAACAAGAAACCAACACCAUCAGGAGUAAGCUGGAACUGCAUUUUAACACUUCCGUUAACAUAGUGGACGCAUGUGCUAAUGCAAUCGCCAUCAUAGGUUUUGUACUGCGGUUUUUCGAGGUCACUUGGGAGACAGCCCGCGUAUUGUACUGCAUCAAUUUCGUCAUCUUUUCAUUGCGUCUGUUCCGAAUGUACUUUGUCAGCGGCUAUUUGGGGCCUAAGAUUAUCAUGAUAAAGAGAAUGGUGAGUUAUUUCUAUAGAGGAUAUUACACGGUGGCGCGAAGAUAUGAAUUUUAUUUUCGAGUGGCAAAACAAUAUUUUAUGGACGAGCACAGCAAGUGAGUAAAAUAUUGUUUUUGCCACGAGAAAAUAAAAGUCAUAUCUUCAAGCCGCCGUGUAAUGUUCUUUUUAUUAUAUAGACAAAAAGACAUCGAUAAAAUAAUAGAGGGAAAUUACGUCAUAGAUAAACUCACGUGUGAGAUUAUGGAAAAUAAACCACUCGGCUCCCGGAUGUAGUUUUUAUGAAUUUUACGAGUGGUAUAUUUUUCAGUAAAACACUCGUGUCUGUAUAAUAAAGCCUGUUAUUUUUAGUUUUGUUAAUGAAAUAAUCAUUUAAGUGAUUCUACUAAAGGGAAUCUAAAUCGUCUCUGAAAACAGCACAGUUACCUCUUGUUUUCUCUUUGAUACUCGAAGUUUCCUAUUGCCGUCAAUUGACCCUUGCUAUGAUCCACUUUUCCUGUCCGGUCAAUUCAGGAUAAAAGGUACCCUUAACUGCUGGUAAGCUUAUAAAGUUGGGUUCCUGAUAUCCGGCCGGAGUGGUACUGGUUAGCCUUGCUUGAGUAGAGGUUUCUGGUGACCAAAAACUGAACAAAAGUCUAGCAGUACCAUCCAUUCGACGUUUUAAUUGAUGAAGUUACUUUUGUUUUCUGCAGCUUGAAGAUGUUGUAAUGUGGCUAUGUCUUCUACUGGUAUUUGUAUGCAGUUAUGGUGUGUUUAGGCAGGCCCUUUUCUUCGCUAAUAAAGAACCGUACUGGGGUGUUAUCAAUGAUCUAUUCUACAAGCCUUACUGGCAUGUGUAUGGAGAACUUUUUGUCGAGCAAGAAGGUGGGUCACCUUUUUUCCAGCCUGUCUCCUAUUUCACUUUUCCGGGAAGGUUUUUUUCUUACAAGAUAGCGAGCUAAUGGCCUGGGACUAGGCUCCUAAUUGAGGGAAAAAGGAAAAAAGGGGUGCAACAGCUAAAAAAAGCGGGAGCCUGUCCCCAGGCUAGUGAACUAAGGGCUCAGCAGAACUAUCAUAACUUGCUGCUAGCUCAACCCCCUUUUGGCAGCGCUUCUAGGGUGUCCAGUUAUAGCUUGUCCCACUCGUUCAGAUAGUGGGGACGGUGCAAAGAGAGAUGAACGAGGAAAAAUAAGAAGGAAAGGGAUUGAAGAAAAGGAGAAGAAACAGCGGGGACGAGGGCAGGGUGGGUGGUUACGUGACGUGCAUGCGUAAUAGAUACCUGGAGAUUAGGAUUGCUGUCUCCUCUGGUCACCCGCAAUAAAUGAUAGCACGGUGCAGUUUGACGUAAUGCGGACCCAGUCCCACGUGCGACCAAUGGCAAUGAUCUAUCCUGUGGAAUGUGGACAAGAACAUUAAGAUUUAUCAUUAUUUUGUUUCUGGUAGCGGAACAAGGAAAGCUAGCCACGGGGGAGAUUCCUUUACAUGAUGGCGAACAUUUGAAAUGGAUUCACAGAAUACUCAUGGGAGCUUACCUGCUCAUCACAAACGUGCUUCUUAUAAACCUUCUUAUUGCCAUAUUCAGGUAUCAUGUUCUUUAUUAGUUACUUUGUAACAUUAGAGAAGAUAAUUUGAAAAACUCACACUUUUUCGACUGAAGCUGCACACAGAUAUUCUGUUGGAGAUUAUUUAUUCUCCGAUUCAUGUGUUUUUUUUUUCGACGUCUUCAGGGUUUAUUCAGGCGAUGCAAAUUUCAUUAUUGUAAACAGUCGUUGCCGUUUUUAGUUAUCUUAAAAAAUUUGGAACUGUUUUUGACUGUGUUAUAACUAAACGCCCAUUUAGCUUGGGUUGUACUUCGUUCUUUCUCCGACUAUUGUUUAUUUAUUUAUUUAUACCACAAGGAAUAUAUUACUUCUACCAUAAAUAAAGGCUUGGUUACCAACGGUUAUAGAUUACUGAUGCAUUAGAGCCUGGCUUCAGCUACUGAUUGUUAAAUAUUUGAGCCUGCUUGCUAACUUAAUGCGUCCUUUCUUUAUUGCACUGCAGCAACGUUUUUAACGAAGUGGAAGUGAAUUCAUAUCAGAUCUGGAAGUACCAGUACUAUUAUCUAGUGAUGGAAUACAGCAAACAACCUCCGCUUGCACCACCUUUCGCAAUCAUUUAUCACUUGAUUGAGCUUAUACAGUGGCUUGGGAAGAAGUGUCGAAAACCCAACAAAGUUUCUCGUGAGUAGUUACUAUGUACGCUUGUAACAGAUAGGUUCAUGUUUUCAAGAACACGGUGGCGUAAAAUUCAAAGCAAAUUACCAAAUAACUCUUCCUGAAAUUAUAGACUAACAUGGGACUUUCUCUAAAAAGCUAACUCGUUACGUUCCCUUCACGACAACUACCUCUACUACAUUUUAGACAAAGUCCUUAGAUAAUAUGUUUUUGUUCAAGGUGCUUCAUAGUUUCAGCUUAUUUUAACAAUAUUUAAAUAAGCUACUUAUUUUCCACAUUAGCAGAGGUUUUUUUUUGUUUUUGUGCCAUUGAAGUUUUGUUUCGUUUUACAGACUGGCUCCUUGCGCCAAAUAUUUUAAUCGAUUAAUUAUAAUAAAUAAUUAUUCCAUUUAUAGUUAUUCAUUUCUUACAUCAGGCAAAUAUACACAAUAUUUACCAUGUAACAUGACCCCAUUCACAAGGAUUUCGAUUAGAAUCUUAUGGUGUGUCUAAAAAUGGACUAUUUUUCGUUUAGCCAAGUUCACUGCAGAGGACCUUGAACUUUUGAGACUUUUUGAAAUCGAGAGCGCCGCCAAAUAUCGGCAGAGAGUUGAAGAACAGAAGAGGACUGGUACGGAGGAAAGGAUACGAAAAACUAAUGAAAGGUGAGAAAGAUGGAAGCGAUGCAUCACAUUCUACUCCUCAUCUCCUGAUAAUAGUUUACAUGUAGUCUAAAUAUCUUUGUUAUCAAAAAGUCAAGCUACAAAAGCAUAGUAAUACGCAAAUUAUGUUUUUGAAUCGAGAGACAUUACUCUUCUUUACACAAAUAACAAUGACAAACUGGGAAACACUAGACUACUAUGUCGCGCUUUUUGCUGUCGUUUAAAAAGUAAAUCGUGUCUUCGCAUCAAUUGAAUUCCAGUAAUAAUGGCCCAGCAUGAAGGAUGGACAUGGAUUGAAACUUUGAAAAUUGGGGCCAAUUUUUUUAAGAAGCCAUACCUGCAAAAAUCACCAAAAGAUUAUUAUGGUUAGUACUCCCUGAUGAAGUUUGUUUGAUAUCUACUUAAUAACUCGAUUGGAGCACUUUGUGUAUGGGUAAAGGCACUAAGUUAAUGAUUGAUCGGGCGCUAGAAAUGACUGGUGAAAAAUCGUAUAGAAUGAAAACUAGUGGUGUCUGUCCCUUUAUACUUUUUUUCAACCUACCAUCCUUUGCGUGUUGAAAAGUGACGUAAUAAUGCCCCUUCCAUCUUUUAUACUGCGGCUAAAUACGGUCACUGUUGAACUGUUCACCUGUGUGGGGAACGUGUGGCCGUUGUGAUAGAAAAAAAAAGAGGCAUUCAUCUCCAUUCUUAUCACAUCUUCCUGGCAAAUUAUGAUCAAUUUGUACGCUUACCAAUGAGAGAACGAAGCAUGACGGCUUUUAUGGUCUGUUCCAUUUGUUCAUGCACGUUUGGAUAAAUAGUGUGGUUUAUUUUAGUGUUUAAUUCUCAAUUUGUUCUUUACAUUUUGUUUUUUUAUGCUCACAAUAGGGUGAAACACUUGGUGAAAAAAGUGACAGAGUUGCAGGAAACCCUUCAACAAUAUCUUACAAAUAUCAAUGAAGACUGA